CCGAGUCCUGGGACGCUGUGCGGCCACGGGCCCUCUUCCCACGUCGGCGGUCCCGGCGAGCGCGGCCUCAGCUCCCGCCCGGCGUAACCAACGGAUGAUGGGGGCUCUGGGCGCCCGGCGCGGCCUGGAGUGGCUAUUGGGCCUCUACUUCCUCUCCCACGUCCCCAUCACUCUGCUCCUGGACCUGCAGGUGGUGCUGCCGCGCGAAUUCUACCCGGUCGAGUUGACAAACCUGCUGAAGUGGUAUACUAAGGAGUUCAAAGACCCUCUGCUACAGGCCCCCCCAACAUGGUUUAAGUCCUUCCUGUUUUGCGAGCUUGUGUUCCAGCUGCCUUUCUUUCCCAUAGCGACGUACGCCUUCUUAAGAGGAGGCCGCAGGUGGAUCCGCACCCCUGCAAUCAUCUACUCAGUUCACACCAUGACAAUUCUAAUUCCAAUUCUCUCCACGUUUCUAUUUGAUGAUUUCUCCAAAGCCAGUGGUUUCAAAGGACAAGGACCUAAGACUUUCCAUGAACGACUUACCCUCUUAUCUGUCUAUGCCCCCUACUUUCUCAUCCCUCUUAUGCUUCUACUUUUCAUGUUGCGGAGCCCCUACUACAAGUAUGAGGAGAAAAGAAAGAAAAAAUGAGAGAAAUAAUGACGGGCCGGGGUGGGGGGGGGCGGGGAGAUGCCCAUAGGGCAGUUUUCCGGUUGGACCCAGUAUGAGGAAAACUGCUCAGAACCCAUGUCUUCAGUAGCAUUUGAAACACACCAGCGACGCAGAAAGAGCAAGACUCUGGCAGGAGCCACAUCAGAAGCCCCCUUCUGAGGAUACUGGCGCAAACAGACCAAUCACCUGAGCAUGGACUGAAGGGUGUGGGCUAGGUUAUAGGGAAGUGGUGCCAAAUACCUCACCUUGUGCCCAAGUUCCAUUGUGAGCAGGACCAGACCAGAUCCUGGAUAAACUUCCAAGAAACGUGGCCUGCUUGGCACAUUCAUGAAUCACCUGACCCAUAGUGCCCAUGUGAUUAAACCCUUGACUCCUGAUUCUCUGCAGCAUAUCCUUUAUCAGCAAAAUGAAAGGUGGGAUUUUUCAGGUCAUUUUUAAGUUUGAAAUUAUGCCUCUUUAAUAUUCAUUAAAAACUGUAUCAUGGGGUUUUUUGCCACCACCCUUGGUUGGGGAAAGGUUCUGCAGGAGGCCUGAACUUGGUUUUACUCAAGGGUCAGCUCUGGCCUGACUUUCAGAAAUGGAUUAAGCUGGAAGGUGUUUUGUUUCUGUCUUAAACAGGUCAUCCCAGAAAAGACUUUUUUUUUUUUUUUAAUCCUCUCCUGAUUCAUUCUUUCCAUACCUUAGUCUUCUCUGUUUUUACAGACCACCUGACAUAAGUCCCUUCCCUCUGAGGUCUGGUGUCUCAAACCUGAUCUGGAAGUGUGCUUCCUGUUGGAUAACUUCACCCUUCCUGAGAGUUUCAUCAUCCAUCCUGGCUUGUUCUCAAAGUGGAAGGGCAGCUGGGCAUGACAUGUCCAUUGUGUAAAUGCAGGGUCUCUUCACUGGGUUCCUUAGCUUUCUCUAAAUUUGUACUCGAGGUCAACUCAAACAUACACACACACACAUACCUGUGAACACACAUGGAAAAUGAUAACUGGUACUGUUUGGUUCCCUCUUUUGGUCUGUUUUGCUCAUAAGGCAUAUUGGUCUGACUGUUGGGAGUAUCAUCUGACUCAUGUGUCUGGUCCAAAUAAAGGUCCCUACUGACCA